AUGUACCACCACACUUCGUUUCGAUCGCUUCCCAACGUCCUCAGCCAUACGACGCUCGAUCCAAGGUGUGGUUUCGAAGGCAACAACGACAUCUGUGGUAUCGGAAUUCGUAUCGGUAUCUACGCACAAAUCCUCACUGUCUGGUUCGCAAACUACUUCGUCCUAUCUGAAGUCCAAGUACUGCGCGAUUCUGUCAGCAUCUUUAGCGUCGCAAUCCCUAUUGUCGCGUUGAUUUUUGCCUCGAAUCCAUCCGAUGUAUACGCCGUGGAAGCAUUUGUAUUGCUACAGAUACUGGCAUGGAGUUGUAUGAUGGGCGUGCGGGCCAAGUCCUCGUACAGCAAGGCUACCUUCUCUCGCGGCAGCUUUUUGAGGCGGAUCGUGUGCGAGAUUGUCAAACUUAUGAACAUCUGUCUGCAUGUGUGGUUUUGGUGGGCAGGGGUGGAUGACAUGAAGACAACGCCAUGUGGUACAUGGUUGAUGAUGUAUGUUGUCAAAACAAGUCUUCUUGGCUGGGCGAGGAAGGUCAUGAUGGCUAUGAGUCUCUUCGUGUUACUCUGCACGAUCUAUUGGGUGGUAGUGGAGUUCUUGAGGCCGUGGACUGCUUGGAAGGUAAGGGAGAAGAGGAGAAAGUUUGCGGACGCAAUUAGGAUGUGGGAAGAGUCUCAGCGACGAAGCGCAGAUGAAGAGACGAUAGAAGAGAAGGGUGCGACUGAAUGCGAAGGUAGUUCAGUUCAUGAUGCUUCAGUGGAAACACGACCGCAUGAAAAGAGGCCUCGAGCUUUAUGUACUCGUUGCUUACCGGCAGGAUCAAGCUUCGGGCAUGCUCGCCCACUCAGCCUAGUUCGCACGCGCUCAGAUCCCCUGGCGCGACGAACAUCAGAGUGGGAAUACUCUCCUCGUAUCGCUUCCCAGGAAACCUCCAAACGGUCCUCCCGCAUUACCGUUCAAGAGAUCUCAUCUUCGCCAUCCCCAACAUCAGCAUCAUCCUCUCAUGCCGGUUCCAACUCCCUAGAAGACAGUCCAGAUCUCUCUAUCAUCCGCGAAAUCUACGAGAGUGAGCUAUAUAUCCAGCACUGUAUCACAGCAAGUCCAUACCAGAUGAGCACCGACGGCAAACCCCUCACCUUCCCAGUGAUCGCACGAUCGACCCUCUUCCCCCCAAAGUACCGCACUCCAGCAGGCGCAGAGUCGUGUCCACCGUCGUGGUUUCACUGCCAGUUACACAGCUAUAUAGCAUUUCUGACAUGUCGCUUCCCGCCACAAGCUUUCGUCAUCUACUCACACCUUCGUCAAUCCCGGCUCCUCGACCCACUCAAUGGUCCUUUUCAAACAUACGCUGCUCUUACCUAUUCAGCAGCAUCACCUAAUCCGAAAUACUUACCUACAUGGACCUCGGUAUCGCUGGCUUCUUCUCUUCUCCUCACCAGCCCUUCAACGCCAAAGAAGAUCUGGCUUGGUUGGUACUACGUCAUCCUCGAUCUUCUGAUACACGUCAUCGUCAUUCUGCAACUUGAAUUAACUUUACGUUGGAAUCAUAUAAGCGGACUCAGCGGACGAUGGAACAGUAUCGGACAAUUAAUCCCGUUUAUCAUUGGAGUUAGUGGAUUGGGGUUGGUCAUUAGCAGGUGGGUAGUGAAGAUGUGGGUUAAGCGGGUAGUUGCAAGAGGGGAGAAGAGUGGGUGGGAGGUACAUGUGGAGGAAAAUGAAAGUGAUGAUGAGGAUCAAGAUGAGUACGAGAGGACCGGUGUCAGCCAAGGCUAUGAGAGGUGGAAGAAGGCGCAUCUCGUGCAGCAUGCAAACCGAAAUGGGUGA